GUUUUAAAACUGUCAAAACAGUCGAACACCAGCAGUCGCAACAAGAAGAAGCAGAUUUCAAAACAUUGUUGUUCGUUCGCUCAUUUGGUGAGUCGCGCAAAAAGGGGAAAAAAUAUUUUGCUCCAACAUAAUAUCGGAAAUUGCGUGUGAAAAUAUUUUCACUAUUGUGGAUGCAAACAGUCCCGGUGCUCGCGAGUGUUUCGUUUUAGGUUGUUCCGUUUCCUGUGUGGCUUGGCGCCAAGCUUUUGUUCCCUUCUGUUUUUCUCCUGUUCCGGAUCGCUGACCAAAUCGAAAAUGUCCGAAUUUUACGAUUAUCUGUUCAAGUUUCUCAUCAUCGGACGAGCGGGAAGUGGAAAAUCGUGUCUACUGCAUCAUUUCACUGAAAACAAGUUCAAGGAAGACAGCUCCCACACGAUCGGUGUCGAGUUUGGAUCCCGGGUAAUUAACGUCGGCGGGAAGUCGAUCAAGCUGCAAAUCUGGGACACAGCCGGCCAGGAGCGAUUCCGUUCGGUCACGCGGUCCUACUAUCGCGGGGCGGCCGGAGCUCUGCUGGUCUACGACACCACUUCUCGGGACAGUUUUAAUGUGCUUUCGAACUGGUUGAACGAUGCCCGAACGUUGGCCUCCCAAAAUAUUUGCAUUUUAUUGGUAGGUAACAAGAAAGAUUUAGAGGAGCUCCGGGAGGUUACUUUCCUAGAGGCGAGCAAUUUUGCCCAGGAAAAUGAGCUAAUUUUCCUGGAAACUAGCGCCAAAACUGGGGAAAAUGUGGAAGAAGCGUUCUUAAAGUGCUCGAAAACCAUUUUGGCAAAGAUAGAAACCGGGGAGCUGGAUCCGGAAAGGAUUGCCAGUGGCAUCGAGUAUGGAGCAACUUCGAUGCGAGGCGGUGGAGCAGGUGCUAGACUUACCGGGGGUCGACAGCAGAGCGCAGCAGGACGACGUCGCACUCCGGAUUGUAUCGGUGGAGGCUGUCGCCCGUAAGCGAAGUCGAAGAAAACUACCGCAUAAUAUUUACCUGGUAAGCUUACACUGUCCUAGAGCUAGAAGGACUACUUACACACGGUGAUUGGAGGUGAGUAUGUUUAUGUACAAUAAAUAAUUGUAGUCCUAUCGUUUCUGUUUGAUGUUUAGCGAUUGUUUGUUGAAGUUCGACCUUCACCACCAAAAACAUUGAUAGGGAGAAAAUAAUCUCUUGAAAUUGAUCACACAUGACACAACCGAUUUGCAUUCUACUGAGAUAAAUUCAACUGUUUGAUAUUUAUUUACAAAAAAAAAUCAUUUGAGUUUUCAAUCAAAACGCAACAUUGCAUUACUUAUUUUUUAUGCAAUUUUAAAUUAAAAACGUUUGUGAUUUUAUACUGAUCUUCGCUCUGAGUUUUAUGACACAAUCAAACUGCAUAUUUUUAUUUCUAAGAUUUACAAAUCUUGUUUCCGUUCCGACAGAUAUCUAUAUAUAUAAAUACCUACAUAGUACAUAAAAAUAUAUAUUUUGAAAUGAAUAAAAAGCAGAUAAAAAAAUUAAAUAAAUGCCGCAACUUUAGUACGAUAAGUGAUGAAUCCAUUCUAAAUAUCUGAUUUUCAUUUCCAUUUCUUCUACUUAGUUAAGUUCUAUUGAAAGCAAGUGUAUCAGGAUUAGACAAAAGAGAUAAAACGAUUAUUGUGAAAUGAAAACGAUUGACCAUCCGCCUUUGCGAAGACGAUUGAUUGUAAGUUGGAUACACUUGAAAUAAACGAUAUGUAUUAAUUGUCUUGUAGAAUA